CACCAAACAAAAACAGGUUUUGUGCAUACCGCAAUUUUGUGAAAAAACAUAUUUCCUCAACCACUAAAGAGAAUUACAAUAAAAAGAGAAUUUUAUAAGUAAAAACCUUUGCAAAAGUGUCAUUAGCUUUUAGAUAACGAUAAUUAAAUAAAUAACUUGUAUGUAAGAUAAAACCACAUAUAAAAGAUUUGAACUGGAGUGCAACAGACAGUAUCAGCAAGAUGUAUGUGUGGAAUCGUGUUUUUACUGCGAUUUUUCUAAUUAAUCUCGCAAUAUGCCGAGCCCAGGAAUUUAAUUACCAGGUAGCUGGCGUUAUUGUGUCAGUUUUCACUCCAAUGGACGCUAAUGGAAAUAUCAAUCUUACAAGUAUUCCUGCGUACGCUAACUAUUUGAAAGAAAAUGGUGCCAACGGCGUUUUGUUGACUAGCAUAUCAGGAGAGGGCCCAAAUCUCAGCGUACGAGAAAAGAAGAGUGUGUACGACGCUUGGACGAUGUUCGCGAGACCUCUUGGUCUAAGUAUAAUAAUUCAAAUAGGUGGAGGUUCAUUGCCUGACACUCUUGAAUUGGCGACAUACGCAAAUGCGUUAAAUGUUGAUUCAAUCUUAGUUCUUCCCAUGGCAUUUUCGCAACCUAAUGUGGAGGAACUGACGAACAUAAUGGAUAGAAUAUCAGAAGCAGCGCCGUCUGUUCCUUUCCUUUAUUAUGACAUUCCACAAUAUUCUAAUGUGAAACUGGACAUGACGAAAUUCUUUAGCUUAGCUCUCGGACGUAUAAAUAUGUUCAGAGGUUUGUUGACUGACUUCGCGACGACACUGGAGAUCUUGGCGACGAAUCCCACACCCAAUCAAAGGCUCUUCGUUUAUGACUAUAUAUUGACAACUGGAGCAGUACCUAACGGCUAUGAUUCCUUCAUGAUAAGUAUCUCCAACAUCGCCCCUCAACUUUACCUGGACGUUAUCAGAACAGCGCAGAGAGGAAACUUCGGAGAAGCAAGACCAAAGCUAUUAACACUUAUUAAACUAGAACGUGAAAUUACGGCCCGUUAUAAUUAUAUUUCCUCCAUGAAAGUGGCCACGGAGUUGACGACUGGAAUCAGACUCGGGAACCCACGGGAGCCUCUACCACCCAUCCCAGAAGAAGGGAGACAGUACAUUAGAUCAAUAUUACUUAAAUAUGAUCUCAGCGUAGUAUUCUAAAUAACGCCAUAAAAAUCAUGCUGUAUUUACGAUGUUGUUGACUUUGUCGAGAUAAAAAAUAUCAAGUAAACUUGUGUGCAUUUUAUAUGCCUAUAAGAGUUCCAUUUGAACAUAUAAAUGUGUUAAGUAUGCUAACCGAGCUAUAUUUUAACAACUGUUUCGUUACUAUUUUAUAAUUUGACACUAUAUGACUAUAAUUAAAAUAUUAUUCAACCUAA